AUGUUAGGGUCUCGAUAUGGUUUGUCCAGGCACGGAGCUGACAAGCCACCGCGAACGGCUACUGUCAUCGAUGACGAAGACGAGUUGUAUACCGGCUUCAACGAUGUGUCCCCAGCUCUAGAUACCAGGAGCCUUCGAGAAGAUCAGGCUUUCCAGCAGACCUUGCGCACUGCUGGGAUUGGCAGACAGGUGCCAAGUCGGAUGGGCACUGGGAUGUUUCGUUUGGGCACGGUGAGCGUGCGGGGCGGACAGUCCCGUGCGGGCACGGCGGCUGCACGGCCGGUCACCGCAGUGCGUGCGGCAGGGUACACCUCCACACGAGACACGCCUAGCAGAGAGGAGAAGAAAGAAGACAGUGUCGAAGAUAAAAUAAAACAAAUGGAAUCCAAAAUAAUGACCUUGGUGGAAGAAUCCUGUGUGCUGAGUGCGAAAUCCAAUUCGGAAGAAGAAAAUGAUAGCAUACGAGAACAAAAUUUAAGCCAGGCAUUAGCAAAAGCUCAAGAAGCAUCGACGUUGGAAAGGCAGCUAAUUCGUAUGCAGGAGCAAUCAAAUUUAGGAGACUCUCACAACUUAGAUCUAACCUUUGCCGUACUCUGUAAUUUGGCUGACCAGUACGCACUUAAUGAAAUGUAUACUGAAGCGCUUAAUACGUAUCAACUUCUUACCCGGAAUAAGCUUUUUCCGCAUGCCAACAGAUUAAAGGUAAACAUGGGUAAUAUUUACUUUAAAAUGGGCGAACACCCAAAAGCUCUGAAGCUGUACAGAAUGGCGUUAGACCAAACUCCCACAGCUGAAAAAGAUUUAAGAAUGAAAGUGAUGCAUAAUAUUGGACUGUUACUGGUUCGCAUGGGCAAAUUCCGCGAUGCCGUCACGAACUUCCAGCAUAUUAUGCACGAGCAAGGAGACUUUCAGACAGGUUUGCACCUAGUGCUGUGUUCAGUAGCUCUUGAUGACGCCGAGGGCGGCAAAGCGGCGUUUCAUGCCAUGCUGGAUGUAGAACCACCAGUGUAUCACCACGAUAUCACGAUUGACGAUGAGAACGAUGCUUACGAGUGCGUAGUGCGUGAUGUAGUCCGCGGGGACAAACUGUCGCGAUGGUCGCGAGCGGCGGCAGCGCUUGCGGAACGCUGCCUCGCUCUUGCAGCCGCGGCGCUCAUGCGGCCUCAUGCACGCACGCAACGUGACGACGACUCUGGUGGUACGUCCUGGUGCGUCGAAGCUCUCCGCGGGUACUCGGGUGGGGUCGCAGGCGCGCGGCUGGAACUUGGCAGCGCUUUAGCGGCGCUGCGUGGUGCUGCAGGAGCUGGUUCAAACUCAAGUGCGGGACCAAUGGCUGCCGGUGUUCGAGCGCUGCAGCGGCUGAAAGCGGUCGCGAGAGCACAUCCCAAUGAUCGAGUUUUGCGUGCAGAAGCUAACGCUGAUGCCGCUUUCGUGGCAUACGCGUUGGGAAAGUAUUCGGAGGCGCGAUCGCUAAGCGAAGCAGCGUCGCGGGACGAUCCGUACGGCUGCGCGGCGCGGGUGUGCGGCGCGUUAGCCGACUUGGCUGCCUCCAAGCAGCCCGCGUCUCCUGGGGCGACGCCCUCACCUCAGCCCACCGCCCCGGUAGCCGUCAGCGUGGCCGGCCGCCUCGCCGCGGCCACACACCUCGACCCUACCGACCUCAUUGUGAUGCAUGACUCUGCCCUCGUCCUCGAGAUGACGGGUGAAGAGAGCGGCGCAGAGGCCCGUUGGCAACGCAUCCGUAACGCAACGGGCGCGGGUUCCACCUUGCGUGCGUUGGCUGCGGCCGGCCUUGCGCGCAUCGCUCGCUCGCAGACCGAUGACAAUGCGGCUAAUGCCGCGGAACAUUGGUACAGCAUGAUAGGUACAUGGGAUGCCGGUGUGACUUGCGCGCUGGCCCAAUUGCACAGCGAAUUGGGCGACACGCAGAGUGCAAAACAUCACUACCAAGAUGUAGAAGCUGUCUGGCCAUGCGAUGUGACUGCUCUACAAUGGUUGGCCAGCGAGGCCUCGCCUGAGCAUGCUAUACAGUACUAUCGCCGUGCUGCAAGACUACAGCCCAAUAAUGCGGAAUGGGGGCUUCUUAUAGGGGGCUGUCUGCGCGCCAGUGGUCGUUAUCAAGAAGCCUUAUCUCUUUAUAAGAAACUCAAUUCGAGAUUUCCCGACAACGUUCAAUGUUUGAAAUUAAUCGUAAAGCUAUGCGGGGAUCAGGGACUAUCAGAGACGAGUGCUUGGAGCCGUGAACUGCAAAGAGCGCAAGCGCGCCUCAAACAGCAAGAAAGAGUGAGUGUGACGUCAGCGAGUAGUGGGUCUUCAGGAGCGAGCCAAUCGCCCAUACAACAAAUCCAAGGUAUACCACGGACGGACAGUGCAAUAUCCGCGUCUGGAUCUGCGACGCGAGCGCGCUCAUAUACCCAAGACACAUUCGCCCAUGAUUCCAUGCAACCGAUGACGCGAUCCUUUGGCCGCUCUGAAAGUAAAAAGAAACAUUUGGAAGAAUUUGAUGACGAUUUACCUCUGCCGCCCGAAUAGCGUACAGAACACAUUUCGUAGAACUAUUAACGUCCGUGUU